CAAAGCCCUCGGGUCCAGCUUCGCUAUUAACUCCGACGUCGCCUUCGCGUAAGAAUCAUUUGCAGCGAAAUAAUUUUUCUUUGUCUGAACAGCAAAGUGUCGCACACGCAACCUCUGACAGUUGCUGACCUGCCACCACCCCUUUUACCUCGAGGAUCGCCUUGUCUAGGAACAUGUUGUGUUGACAUUGGCUCUGCGAUAAACUCACGGCAGGUUCAGGCGCGAAGGGAAGGGUAGCAGCGACUCGAACACUUGACGACUCGAUCAUGUCGACGACAACAGGCGCCUUCAUUGCCGGCGGCAUUGCUGCUUGCGGAGCCGUCACCGCAACACAUCCCUUCGAAACAGUCAAAAUCAGGUUACAGCUUCAAGGAGAAUUACAAGCCAAAGACGUUGCAGUAAGGAAAUAUAAGGGUGUUUUCCACGGGGUUGGGGUCAUCCUAAAAAACGAAGGGCUGAAGGGAAUAUACCGAGGAAUCGGGACUGCAUACAUUUACCAGAUACUAUUGAAUGGUUGUCGGCUGGGAUUCUACGAGCCAUUACGAGCGACAUGCACCAAGCUCAUCUACAAGGACACCAAUGUCCAGUCUCUCGGUAUCAACAUCUUUUCCGGCGCGGCUUCUGGUAUUCUGGGGGCUAUGGCAGGCUCACCUUUCUUUCUGGUCAAGACCCGACUCCAAUCAUACUCUCCCUCUUUGCCUGUGGGCACGCAGCAUAAAUACCGCAAUGCUUUCGACGGCCUGUCGCAGAUUUACAAAGCGGAGGGUGUACGAGGUCUAUACCGAGGCAUGGGCGCAUCGAUGGUCCGAACCGGAGCUGGAAGUUCAGUCCAGCUACCGACAUAUUUCUUUGCGAAGAGACGGCUAAUACGCCAUUUCGGGAUGGAAGAUGGCCCUGCAUUGCAUUUGCUGAGCUCAACUGCCAGCGGCUUUGUUGUCUGCGUCUUUAUGCAUCCGCCGGAUACCGUCAUGGCGCGAUUGUACAACCAACAUGGUAAUCUCUACAAUGGUAUCUUCGACUGCCUCUGGAAAACCAUCUCGACAGAAGGAGUCCUCAGUGUCUACAAAGGCUUCACAGCGCAUCUUGCCCGAAUAUUGCCGCACACCAUCCUCACGUUGACUUUAGCAGAGCAGACGAACAAGCUCAUACGAGGAGUGGAAAGCAGAAUCCUAUCGAAGUCUCUGAAGGAGAAGCUUUGAGAUACAUGGUUUGAUGCGCACCAACUUAGCUUUGCAUCUACGGCGUUGCUGGGGACUGGUGUGCGUCAUCUUGAGAGUCUGAGGACUGGGUCGUCUUGAGUUCAGGCGGGUUCGUGUCGGCCAAAGCCUCUGGAGGUUGCUGUACCCAUAUAUCGCGAACCAAGCGGGAUUGACAACUUUGACGGAGGCGCAUUACCCACAUGGAUGCUCACAAUGGUGCAAAGGGAACACGAUGGGAGGGGCGCUUUGUGUCUUUGCCUCCUACAGGCAUCAGCAGAGCUGGCUGGAUCUUUGGUUGCUAGUCCGAGUCGAGCAGCAUGCCUGCGGCCUCUAGAACUUCACAUAGCACAAUGCACGCUUCAGCAAGGCUGGGGUUGCUGGCGAGACCGAUCUCGGAAGGCUGCUGGAGGCUUGUGGUUACCAUAUUAGGUAUAGGCAGUCGUGGUAGCCGGGAACGUCAAUAGUUCGGAUCGGCUCAGAUCAGAUUAGAUCACAUGACAGACCGCGAAACUCUCGAG